AGUUGCCAUUCAAACCACAAUUUGCGAAACCAAAGAUAAAACCAAACAUAAAAAUAAAUAAAUAUCAUCCAACUUUUUCGACGUACCGAGCUCCAACGAACCUUGAACUCCAGCACGAAUUCUAUCUCAGAACCUUAAACCUCGCCGACCCAGAGGACUGACAUAUAACAUAUAUGAGCAAGAUAUGAGCCUACAACAUUAUUAUAUAUGCAUAUGCACAACAAAUUGUUGGCAGUGGUCUUAAAUUAAAAUGUAUGUUACAGCCAGUGGGGCUGCAACUGAUAUAAUGGGUUAUGCAAUGAGUAGACUGGAGAUAGAAUCAGACCUUUGCGAUGGUGGGAAGACCAUCCAUGAAGGCAAUAACAGUCAAGGAUCCAACAAGCCAUUGAAUUAUUUAGACCAUGAAAUUGCCCAGCUCACAAGGUUAAGAUCAGGACCCCAUGAUUUGUUAAGCCAAGCCGUACCUGGUAGGAGGAAGUUACCUGUUUCCACAGUGAAGAUGUUGGCCGGUCGAGAAUGCAAUUAUUCAGGAAGGGGGAGAUUCUCAUCAGCAGAUUGUUGUCAUGUUCUAAGUAGAUAUCUGCCAGUAAAUGGUCCUUGGCUUAUUGACCAAACGAACAGCCGAGCCUAUGUCUCGCAGUUUUCAGCUGAUGGUUCUCUUUUUAUUGCUGGAUUUCAGGGAGGCCACAUUAGAAUAUACAAUGUGGAUCAAGGGUGGAAAUCUCAGAAGAACAUUCUUGCCAAAAGUUUGCGAUGGACAGUUACUGAUACAUCUCUUUCUCCAGAUCAGCGCUAUCUUGUUUAUGCCAGCAUGUCACCUAUUGUCCAUAUUGUUAAUGUUAGGUCCGGCGAAUCAGAGUCCCUGGCAAAUAUUACGGAGAUCCAUGAAGGUUUGGAUUUUUCUGCUGAUGAUGAUGGAUGCACUUUUGGAAUCUUCUCUGUGAAAUUCUCGACAGAUGGACGAGAAGUCGUAGCUGGAAGUAAUGAUGAUUCUAUAUAUGUUUAUGAUCUUGAAGCAAAUAAGCUUUCCCUCCGGAUUUUGGCACAUGCGUCUGAUGUGAACACUGUAUGUUUCGCCGAUGAAACUGGCAAUCUUAUUUAUUCUGGGAGUGAUGAUACUUUCUGUAAGGUGUGGGACAGACGUUGCUUGGCUGCUAAAGAUAAGCCAGCAGGGGUCCUGACGGGACACCUUGAAGGCAUUACAUUUAUUGACAGCCGUGGAGAUGGUCGUUAUUUCAUUUCAAAUGGAAAAGAUCAGACCAUAAAACUUUGGGAUAUCCGGAAAAUGUCCUCCAAUGCUACUUGCAGUCCAAGCUCUGGGAGUUAUGAAUGGGACUACAGAUGGAUGGACUACCCACCACAGGCAAGAGAUUUGAAACACCCAUUUGAUCAAUCAGUGGCUACAUAUAGAGGUCAUUCGGUCCUGCGAACUCUUAUUCGUUGCUACUUCUCUCCAGCAUACAGCACUGGUCAAAAGUACAUCUACACUGGAUCGCACAACUCGUGUGUUUAUAUUUAUGAUUUGGUGAGUGGAGCCCAAGUCGCCACACUCAAGCAUCAUAAAUCACCUGUAAGAGACUGUAGUUGGCACCCUAACUACCCUAUGCUUGUGAGCUCCUCUUGGGAUGGGGAUAUUGUCAAAUGGGAGUUUCCCGGGGGCGGCGACCCACCGGCUUCCUUGACCAAGAAGAGACUUCGGAGGAGACAUCCUUAUUGAAGACCACUUGUUAUGUGGGGCAAGUUAUUAGAUGAGUAAUGCAAUUUUCACACUGGUUGAUGUGAAUGCCAGCCACUUUUGAAAGUGUUGGUCACUUAAUACACUUUCCAUCAGCCGGUGUGAAGCUUGUGUGAAAAUUUAGUAUGACAUUACUUUAUUAUGAUAUAAUUUGGUAAAUACACGUCUGUAUAUAUAGCGGUUCGACUUAUUUUUCAUCCUCAAAUAAGGUGUUAGUAAUGAGAUAUAUUAACUAUAAAUUCUCAUAUUCACCAUCGUCAGUUGUACAUAAAUAUGAUUUCUAUUGAAGAUUCUAGUCUUCAUACAUUGUAUAAAAUUCAUGAAGGAUCAUUCAACAAAUGGGUUAAUUCAAGAGAAUACCUUCAGUC